ACUGCUACUGUUUGCAAAUAAAUUAGCGGAACGUGCGCAUCAAUCACUCAAACGAAGCUCAUUCAUGCCAUUUCGCACCGAAGAUACGGUCAAAGACAGCAGUUUCGUUUUGGUACAUUCAGAGUUUAGUUUGAAAUCGUGCCGUUCUUGUUAAUCGCCAUUGACGGCAUUAGUUUUUUUUGAAUUGUGAUGUUGGUUGACAUACUAUAGACGUUGCCAUUUAUUUGAAAUUCGUUAAAUAGAAUGACAUUGCGUCACAAACUUGAAACGCAGUUUUGUUUCCAAACAGAAGUAUAUAAACAAUAAAAAGUGGUGAUAUUGAAAAUUAUAAAUCUUUACGUUACAUUAAUAUCAUUAUUGUUUAAUAUUAAACAUAGGAUUACCCUUGGUGUGUUACUAUGGAACGAGAAUCUUUGAAAGAAAAGAGAGAUAAUGGAUAUUGUCGUGACAGUUCUAAAAAUGGAGAGGACAUUUUAAACAGUAAUCUUAAGGAAGCCCGAGGAAACUGGGGUAGCAGAAUUGAGUUCCUCUUGGCCUUAAUUGGAUACACUGUCGGUGUAGGGAGUAUUUGGCGUUUCCCUAUUCUGUGUGCGCGGAAUGGGGGCGGGGCUUUUCUCAUUCCCUUUUUCAUCUUUAUGGCCACUUGUGGAUAUCCCCUCUAUUACUUGGAGGUCUCCCUGGGACAGUUCUACGGGAAUAGUGCCGGACUUGCGUUCGAGCUCUGUCCUCUUCUUAAAGGUCUUGGUUUCCUGAUGGUGCUCAUCUCGUUCAACAUAUUGUGGUAUUACGUAAGCAUCAUGGGUUGGAUCCAAUACUAUUUUGUCAAAUCGUUCAGCUCCGAGCUACCCUGGGCCACCUGUGGAAAUUGGUGGAACACGGACAAUUGCAGAGAGCAACUGUCUGUGGCGACGGCCGCUGUCAGCAGCAUGACUGUGACCAACCAGUCGUCUAUCUCCUUUCAAAUCAACGAAACACUCGGCGCAACACUCAAUGCUACCACAAAGAACAUUUCUCCGGCAACAGAAUUUUGGCUCCACAAUGUGUUGAGGGCGUCUAGCGGGCUAGAGGAUAUGGGAACAAUACAGUGGCACCUUGUCAUCAGCAACUUUGUGGGAUGGGCCAUUGUGGUAGCCAGUCUUGUAAAAGGGGUUCAUUCACUGGGAAAGGUUGUUUAUGUGACGGCAACGGCACCCUACCUUCUUCUCACUGUGCUGUUCAUCCGAGGUCUUCUGCUUGACGGGGCAAUCGACGGCAUUAUCUGGUAUAUCACACCAGACUUUAACAAACUUGCUGACCCACAGGUGUGGCUGGAGGCCGCCAUCCAGGUUUUCUACUCUCUUGGACCCACAUACGGCGGUGUGAUUACCAUGGCCAGCCAUAACAAGUUCCACCAGAAGUCCAUUGUGGAGACUAUCAUCUGCGUAGCGUCAGACGCGUUCACGGCUUUUUACGCGGGGCUUGUGGUCUUCACCUGCAUGGGUUUUAUCGCCAAGGAGGCCGGGGUUUCCGUUGAGGAAGCUGCCAAGGCUUCCGGUCCAGGGCUUGCUUUCAUAGCUUACCCUGAAGCUAUUGCGCGAAUGCCUCUGCCUCAACUUUGGGCCGUCCUGUUUUUCUUAAUGCUAAUUACAGUGGCAUUUGAUAGCACGUUUGGUAUGUUCGAGACAGUUACUGGUACGAUCCUGGACAUCUUUCCCCACCAACUGAUGAAUCGUAAAGUUCCCGUGCUGAUCGGGACAGCCUUGGUCCUGUUUCUUCUGAGCAUACCGCUAGCAAUGAGUGGAGGGAUUUACCUUUUCCAACUAGGCGACUGGUACAUAUCGGCGUUCGCACUUCUGUUCGGGUCGGCUUUGGAAGGAAUGAUCAUCUGCUGGAUAUAUGGAGCGGAUCGAUUUUCCAAGGACAUUGAGCUAAUGACUGGGCGAAAGUCUUCGAAAAUUCUCCGGAUAUUCUGGUGUAUUAUUAUGACAGGGUUUCUAACUUUGGCCUUUAUUGUGACGCUUUUCACCUACAGUGAACCGUACUACGGAAAUUAUAAGUUCAAGCCGUAUGCCAUCAUAAUCGGGCUGUGUAUGUCCAUCGUGCCGUUCAUUCCGGUGAUUGGGGUUGCGAUGAUAGAGGUAUAUCAAGCCGAUGGACCGAUACCUAAGAGGCUCUCAAAGUUGUUGAAGCCGUCUCCCAAGUGGGGCCCUAUAGACGAGAAUGCGAGGGAGAUGUACACAGCCAAACCGUACAGAUACGAGGACACUCUCUUCAAACGUAUCAAGAUGAACAUUCUAGGAGAUAAAGGAACGCCUUGGAUAUAAUAGCAAUAUAAUGUUCUACAGACGAAAACAAGAACAAGUGUUAAAAGGGCUUUGAAAAUAUAUCAGUGUGUGUUCGCUUAUUAAUCAACCCAUCAGCAGCAGCAUUGUCCUCGUGACGACUUUUAACUGCCAUAACUGCUUUUGAAAAGUUAAAAUUGCGUGCAUUUCAACUUAAAAAUUGUUUUAAUUAAGGUGAAAUUCACAUUAUGAAUAAAUGGCUUUUUUUUGCAGAUUCUAGAGACUAUACUUUAUAUCUUAUCUCUUUGCAUGCUGAGUAUUCCUGGUCAGUCUGUUGGUGUCCAUUGCUUAACGUAGUUCAUAAUAAAUAGUUAGAGUACA